CACAUGAUGGCGCCUGGUCUUGCCCACUAACAACAAACUACUAGAACGUUCAUACUUUUUAAACUGCUUAGUCCUCUAAACACAAACAAAAAUGUUCCUCGCAGUGGCCAAGACAAUGUUUUAGCUUCUUCAGUGGGGAAUCAACAACGAAGGAAGCAGACAUGUACCGCAGUGUGUUGCUGUUCAUCUUCAUAGUGAGCUGUGCGUGGUUAUCUUACCAUGGGGUGUCAUCAAGGAGAUCAUUCACCAUAGACUACAAAAACAACUGUUUCCUAAAAGAUGGGAAGCCCUUUCAGUACAUCUCAGGCAGUAUCCACUACUCCAGAAUUCCACGCUUCUACUGGAAGGAUCGUCUGCUCAAGAUGUACAUGACUGGGCUUAAUGCCAUCCAAGUGUAUGUGCCCUGGAAUUUCCAUGAAACAGUAGAAGGGGUCCACAACUUCUCAGGAGACAGGGAUUUGGAGCAUUUCUUGGAUCUGGCCAAUCAGACAGGUCUUUUGGUUAUCCUGCGCCCAGGCCCAUACAUCUGUGCCGAAUGGGAGAUGGGGGGUUUGCCGGCGUGGUUGCUUAAUAAGCCAACCAUUGUACUUCGCUCCUCUGAUACAGACUAUUUACAGGCAGUCACUAAUUGGUUUGCUGUUCUCCUCCCCAAACUGAAGCCUUGGCUGUAUAUUCAUGGUGGAAACAUCAUUAGUGUCCAGGUUGAGAAUGAGUAUGGAAGCUACUACGCUUGUGACUACAACUACAUGCGUCAUCUGCGGACUCUGCUGCGAGUAUUUCUGGGUGAAGACACCAUCCUUUUCACCACUGAUGGAAACACAGACAAAGAGAUGAGAUGCGGGACCCUACAGGGGUUAUAUGCCACUGUGGACUUUGGCACAGGCGACAACAUAACUGAAGCCUUCAGACGACAACGGCAGUUUGAACCUCAAGGUCCAUUGGUCAAUUCAGAGUUUUACACUGGCUGGUUGGAUCACUGGGGAGAUCAGCAUGCUAUGGUUGACACUCAGAAGGUCAGCAGAGGGUUAGCAGAGAUGCUAGCCAUGGGGGCAAACGUCAACAUGUAUAUGUUUGAAGGCGGCACCAACUUUGGCUAUUGGAAUGGUGCUGAUCACGACACCAGGUUCCGUCCUGUGGUGACUAGUUACGAUUAUGAUGCCCCGCUUACUGAGGCAGGGGACCUCACGGAGAAGCUGUUGGCCAUCCGAGACGUCAUUAAACUGUUUAAAGCCAUUCCCCUUGGACCCAUGCCACCUGCAACUCCCAAAUUUGCCUAUGGUUUUGUGACACUAAAAAAGGUGGGCAACAUCAGCAGCUUGUUGGACACUCUUUCCCCCAUGAAGCCUGUUCAGUCUCAGUACCCUUUGACCUUUGAGGAUCUCAAGCAGUUCUAUGGAUACAUGCUUUACCAGACCAUACUACCCCGGGACCUCUCAGAGCCCACGCCGCUCAUCACGCCAAUGAAUGGUGUUCAUGACCGUGCGUAUGUGUCUGUCAAUGGGGUUUUCCAGGGUCUCUUGGAGAGAGACACUGUACUGGUGAUGAACGUCACUGGACGGCAGGGGGACCUUGUGGACAUCCUUGUGGAGAACAUGGGCAGGGUUGACUUUGGCAGCCAUAUUAAUGACUACAAGGGGAUCCUCAGCAACCUGAUCUUGGGUCAGGAUGUACUAACUGAUUGGAAGAUGUACCCUCUGGGUAUUGAUGGCGCUAUUGCUGCUGGAUGGCCUCACUCACUCGACAAAGAGUCCCUUCCUAACCUUAAAGGCGGACCUUCUGUCGGGCCUACUUUCUACAUGGGAACAUUGCAGCCUAAUGGUGUAGCGUGGGACACCUUUCUCAAACUUACAAAUUGGACAAAGGGCCAGGUUUGGAUUAAUGGUGUGAAUAUGGGGCGAUACUGGCCAGCCAGGGGCCCGCAACAGACCCUCUAUGUUCCUGGACCCUUGCUGAGCACCACUAUGCCCAACAACAUUACAGUGUUAGAGCUGGAGGGGGCACCAGCGCAUUUAAGGGUACUCUUCAAGGACACACCUCUGCUCAAAGUUGCAACUGACAAGUUAUGACGAUCGAGUUUGUAAGCCAGACAGCAACAGCCGGCCCAUGCUUUUGUGUUUUGUAUAUCAAAGAUUUGAUUAGGUCCACACAGGAAAAGAAACAACCCAGACUACCACACUGAUAUCAACUGUUUUGUUGGGUUUGAACAAAAAUGCAACAUUACAUGAUUAAUUUAUAGCAAAUCUCUAUAGAGCGACACACUGCUAUUCUCGAGACAGUUGUGUGUGGGUUCGUGUAGGAAUUUAGACAUUUCACUUAAUGACAUUACAACUUUAUUCCUCUACUAUGGCUGCCCCCAAAAUACAACUAUAUUCUAGUUUUAUUCUUUGGAUAUUACAACUUGUUUCUUAUCAUUUUACUUUUUUUUUCCCCCCUCAGUGUGUAAAUCACAGCACCUUCACAGUCCAAAAAUGAUGUAAUGACUAUUUAGAUUUUGUACCAAAGGCCCAUGAGGGUAAAAUUGGAUAUUUAUAAUGUAUUUUUCAAGCAGAUGCUGUUUAAGUGUGAACUUGCUGUCUACACAGACCUGUGAUCCAUUGUACUUUUAUUUUUUUACGCCAAAAAACUGCAGUCCCCAACCUUUCUGAGCCCAUGUACCAGAUAAUAGCGUGGUUUGAUGUGUGUGGGUGACAGAUGCAGCAUGUUUUUACCUGAUUGGACGGGAAUGAUCUUCAAUACCAUUGUGAAAAAUUCUGGGGGUUACUUUUCAUUUUAAUCCGAAAAGACAAAACAACUAACUUCUCCCCACACACAACGAGCACAUAUGUGGUGUCGCCGUCAUUUCCAAAACUGAUAUACAUUUACAUAAAAUUUUAUGUAGUUAUUUACAAAAUUGUUUUGUUUUAUUUUUUUUACUUUUUUUUAAUAAUCAUUGCUUCUCAAAGAUUUCCGUGGCCUGGUUCAAGCAGCCCAUUGGUACCCGGUGGUUGGGACCCUCUGCCAUAAAGGACACAGCCAUAUUAGACAAAGUCCUAUUAGAGGUACCUUCCUGUUAGCUCUUUCCUGCUGGAAUGUUCGCUUUUCUAUGUGCCUGCACACAUGGAGGGGUGCAGAAGGAAAAAUCGAGGUAUUGGAAUGGGAUCUUUCCCUGCAGAGACUCUCCACAUUGCCAACACCUCCUGGUGAUAGGUACAUACAACAACACAAAAUGACAAAUCAGACACUGAGUGGACAUUUUCUGGCAUAGUAUGUACACACAAUGAGGGUCUUACUUGAUGUUCAACAGGCUGGCUCCUGCUGCGGCUGCUUGUUGUGCCAAUCUCUUCUCAGCUGCCAAAGCUCUCUGUUGUAAAAAUGAAAUGUAUUGUACAAAAUAUUGGAAUAAAUGAUAAAUUACAUGCAUGAACUCACCUUUUCGCGAUCAGAUAACGCAGCAAACCUCUUCUUUUCCUCUUCUUCCAGCUCUUGUUUCCUCUUCUCAUCCUUCUGUGUUUUUUCCCGCUGUUUUCUCAGCGCCCUUUGAGCCUUCUUCUUCUCCAUCUUCACAGAUUCAA